GGAGCGCUAGGUGUGACGGAACCAGGAGAGGUGGAGCCAUUCCGGGGUCGUAAGGAUCUUCUUCGCGUCACUGAGCUUCUCUAUGCAAAAAGAAUCGGGGGCGCCGUAAGAACCGGAAGUGGUGGGUGACAGAGAGUUUCCCCUCCCCCCCUGCAGUUCUCUGGUACGCAAGCGCAGAGCCGGGGUGCAUUUCUGAUGACUGUGCACAACCUGUACUUGUUUGAUCGAGAUGGGGUUUGCCUGCACUACAGCGAAUGGCACCGCAAGAAACAGGCGGGGAUCCCCAAGGAAGAGGAGUACAAGCUGAUGUAUGGAAUGCUCUUCUCCAUCCGAUCUUUUGUCAGCAAGAUGUCACCUGUGGACAUGAAAGAUGGAUUCCUGGCCUUCCAGACAAGUCGCUACAAGCUCCAUUACUAUGAGACACCUACUGGGGUCAAGGUUGUAAUGAACACAGACCUGGGCGUAGGGCCCAUUCGGGAUGUCCUGCACCAUAUCUACAGUGGGCUGUACGUGGAGUUGGUAGUGAAGAAUCCUCUGUGCCCGCUGGGUCAGACUGUUCAAAGUGAACUUUUUCGCAGUCGGCUUGACACCUACGUCCGAUCGCUACCCUUCUUCUCUGCCCGGGCUGGCUGAGAAUGGCAUUCCCCUAGAAAGACAUCUGUAUUCGUUCUAGAUCGUCCUGUUUGCUUGCGUCACCCAAAGAGCCUUCCACUCCUCCUCAGCCCUGUUCCGAAGCGGCUCCUCGAGGGAAUACAGGACUGAAUUCCCCUCCAGAUCCCUUACGCUCUCUUUCCUUCCGAUGCUCUAAUCCCACCUAGGCUACACCACCCUCCCUCAAUCCCUCCAGGCCCCUAUCUUGCAGUUUAUUGAGAAAAGCGGAGAAUAAAACUUUCAUCUGUC